AUGGACAACGAGAACUACAACCCGAAUAUUGUAUUCGAUGACGCCGAGGCCUCUGAGCUGCCCGAUGACCUCGAGCUCGACAUAUGGUUCCGCGAUCCCGCUGUCGCCGAGUUUCUGGCAACGGUUCAAGCGAUCAAAUUCACGAGAACUGUACUCAAGGGUACUCAUCCCGGUGUUGAGCGGGCACGACAAAUCUUAGAGGCCAAGAUAAUUGGCAGCUCUACCCUCGAUUGGCACAUGCGCAUGAACACCUUUUUUAUCAGAAAAUGUGGACGGCGCACGAUGAUCGAGAAGGCCGCUCAAGUUUAUUCGACAUGUUUACAACUCGCUGUGCAGGACGCUCUGAGGGUUAAAAAGGGGAUGACGUUGACCGAGAGCGAGAUCGAGGAACAUCUCAACGGCGAUACAGUCCGGCAGUAUCUGAUGAAGGAGAAAGCCGAAGGUCAUCUUGAUGAUGAUAUUGAGAUUAUGUACCGCUCCAAAAAAAGCUUCAACGCGUCUGGGGAGGACAAUGACGCGGUCGAGGAGCUCUACUCUGUUCUCGAGACUCAGGGGCCCGACGACGUCCCACUCGAUUCUCCAACGUCUGAGCUGGACCUGAGCACGGAUGAGGCCGUGCAAGCGUUUGAGCUCACGCCCACGAACAGAGCGAGUUUCCUGCGAGCCAUGACCAAGCCUGACGUCCAACUCCGCGUCUGUUGUCUUUGGGAGCGUCGCCUCAGGGCAUACUUCUUUGAAUGCCUAUCAGGAAUUCCCGAGAAUGAGCUGGAACGAUUGCGCGUCGAUGCUGUGACAACACUGACGCAAAUGAAAUGCGCACCACGCUCGACAACGACAAAGACAGAAGAAUGGAAGGUUGCGGUUACGAAGAGCGGCCUUGCCCGACUGCUCAGGCAGAUCACGCGGACAGAGUUCAUGUUUUCCUGGCAGUAUCAGGCGCAAAAGGCCGAGCGUGCAGUUCUGGGGCAUGUUCUUCAUUCCCUCUGCUUUCAUCAAUGGGCCGAAGCCCUCUCAAUCAUCUUCGACAAAUGGUCGCCAAAGGAUUUGGAGGAGGCUGCGGGCAUCAUCGCCGCUGAAGCAACGUAUCCAACACUGAGUGCUGGCGCUACGCUCAAAAACAUUUCAACGUACGGUUACGACAACUCGGCCUGGUUGAAGCGCUACGUCGAGAAACGUGAACAAAGCGCGAUAACUGCAUGGAACAAGAAUCAGCGGAGGCAGGCACGCCCACGGAACAAGAACAAGAAACCCGCAGAGCCAUUUGUCCUCAAGACUGACGUGACGCUCGGUGAAAGUUUCCUGGGCUUCCUCGGAGAUCACCCAGAGCUUCUCCCGAGCCGCUACAAUAUGCAGGCCUACUUUCUGUUUCUCGACCGCCCACACUUCCUGCGGAACUUCUACCUAUGGGGUCGUGCUGCGCUCAUGCUGUUCGAUUACAGAGUUGAUUCGGACAAAGACCUUGACAACAUCUACGCGGACAUCAUGAAGGUCAAGGCUGACCAUCUCCAAGGACUCGGGGAAGGCUCCGAAAAGCUGCAUCUCCUGUUCAAGGAGUGUAAGCGCUUGCGUGAUCUGGUCAAGCCCACAUCUAACGUCACCAUGAAGAACCUGGAACGAAAGCGCGAGGUCACUGUCUUCCCUGUGACUGCGCUCGACAAGGAGCUACUCGACGCAACGGAUGGUAAAGCUUUCACCUUUCAUGCUUCAGAUCGGAUAGAGCGCCUGCCAACAGGAAAGAAAGCGUCCAAUGACAGUUCAACGGGUAUCAAGUUCAUCGAUCCCCGAGAACCACCAUACUCCUUGCAAUGCAUCAAGCCCGACGAGAAAAUUCUCAAGGCGUGGGGUAAGCACGUCUUCAUCUUCGUGGACACUGCUACAAAAGCCAUUGUUGGUGGUGUUAUAUUCCAAGCGUUCAAUGAGCGGCAACUCGAAGAAGCUAUCAAACACCACACCCUUGUAUGCCGGUUCCCUGGUCUGCGGCGAGGGACAUCGUUUCUCGAGUUUGCAUAUGGCAAGAUGAUUCCUGUAGGCUUUCGAGUGCCAGGUGGUGGACGGCCGGGAGAUGAGUACGGCCCGCAUCCGAUCAUGGUGAACCAAGCGGACCGAAGUGAGAAGGCUGGAGAUCACGACGACGUUGAUAUGAUGUUUGCGCACGCUGAGGAUAUCGAGAUGGUUUUUGAUGCGGUGAAGGACUACGUACCUGAAGUCGUCAACAGCAUCCGCGACUUGUCGGACGAGAAGCAGCUCAAGGACAUGGGCAGCUGCGGGGUCAGCAGUUAUUACUGCUCGAACUACCUGUCCCAACAACACGGCGACAAUGAUGUGGGUUGGUCUCUGUGUUCGCAGCUGUACAAAAAGCUCGAUACUGCUGGUGGGAGCCCUACAGAAGACUUCAACUUCGCGUUCACGAAGUGGGGGGUGUACAUCGAGACCCAGGCGAACUGUGUCUGGUGGUUCCGUAGCGAAGAUCUACACGGGUCGAUAAUGCCCACAAACAGCACUAUCCAAUCCCUUCGACAGCAGGCAACGCGUACCCGGCGCGCAACCACUCAACCUCGCGCACAGCGACUUCGUGGGGGAGCGGGGUCGGACGUGGGUAGCGAUGCCGAGAGCAACACCUCCCACAUUGCAGUGGCCGGCUCGCCACCACCUCCUACAACAGGUUCUGGUGGUAUCCACGUCACGGUGCGCAAGAAGGACGCAGAUCGGGCGGAGCGUUUCGCAAGGACGCAGCGCAGAGCUGCAGCUCGCAAUGCCUACUGGCAGGGUAGAGAGUAG